GGCCCCAGGCAACUGAAGGCAAUGUUGCCAUUUGUGGAGUGUCAAGAAUAGGGAUGUUCAAGAUACCAGAUUUGGAAGAAUGGUGGAACUCAAUGGGUUAUAUGUUUGCAGGUGCUUACAGAAAUAAUCAUACCAGACGAAGCCAGUAAGAGAAAACUGCAGCAUCUAGAUGUCAAGGAAAUUACAAAAAAAAUUUCAAAUAAUCAAGUCAAUAAUUGUUUGUACAUUGGUGUUGUAAAACUGGUCUACAAUCUAGUUGCUGCCUGACUUGGAGUUUCUCCAGCAUUUGCAGAAAUUUGCUUUUAUACAAUAAAGUUGAGUCUCCCUAAUGUGUCCCUGAUCCUUGCUCACAGCUUUUAUCUUUUGCUGUGAUGAAUGGUCACUGGACCUGAAAUGUUAACUCUGCUUUUUCUCCACAGAUGCUACCAGUCAAGCUGAGUUUCUCCAGCAAUUUCUGUUUGAGUUUCAGACCUCCAGCAUCCGCAGUUCUUUGUUUUAUUUUAUCUUCUGUGUAUUUGGUAUGCUAGGAAACUGUUCCCAUAUAGAUUAAAACUUCUGUUCCUUUGGUAUUUAUUCACUCCUCUUCCUUCAGCUCUGAAUUAAACCUGUAGCCACACUUUCUCUCCUGUUUGGCAGCAUUUAUUCUGGUAUGGUUCAGAUUUUCAUCCUGAUAUGUGCAUCUUGCUGAGCAUGAGAUCAGUAUUUACAUCUAUGUAUUGGUGGUACCUCGUUUUACCUCCCUGUCACCUAGUUUUGUGUGCAUUGUUACCCUUUCCUUCUGUUUGACCCAGGUUCUUUAGUUCUGUUCUCAUUUCAAUUCUAGUGACUUUUCUCGCUUGGCCUAGUUGUGCAUGGGGAAUCACAGCCAUGGUGUCUUGCUCAUCUUUUGCAUUUUUUUUCAAAACCAGGUAUAUUGGGCAUUGCUGGCAAGGCCGUCCUUUAUUGCUCAUCUCCAACUGCUGGGAAAAGAUGGUGGUGCUUUGUCUUCAAUCACUGCAGUAUGUGUGGUUAUCAUCAGGGCCAUUAGAAAGGGAGUUCCAGGAUUUUGACCCAGCUGCAGCGAAGAAACAGCAAUAUAGAUCCAACUCCAAUGUAGUGUGACUUGCAGGUGGCCUUGUCCUACUGGGUAGUAGACAUCACAGGUUUGGAAGGUGCUGUUGAAGGAGCCUGGGUACCAAUAUUCCAGGAGCAAUAUGCCAAAAUCAUGGAUGGGUUGUACCUUCACCAUGCUUGUGGCGAGUGUCGCCUUUGCCUCUUCCCAUGCAACUGCACGAACAGACUACCUGCACCUUGACUACUGUAUAAUUGGUGCAGGUCCAGGUGGCCUGCAGAUGGCGUACUUUCUACAGCAGUCCCAAAGACACUACCUGGUCUUUGAGCGCAGCAACCUCUCUGGGAGCUUCUUUGUACGUUAUCCCCGCCACCGGAAGCUCAUCAGUAUUAACAAGCAAUACACCGGGAAGCAAAACAAAGAGUUUAACCUCCGGCAUGACUGGAACUCGCUGCUGAGCCAUGAUGACAAUCUACUCUACAAACACUACACCAAAGAUUUCUUUCCUCAUGCUGACACCAUGGUGCACUACUUGAACAACUUUACGAACAGGUUUGACCUGAAGAUUCGGUACAACACUGAGAUAACAUGGAUUGAGGCUGAGAAGCACCCCAAGGCCUGGAAUGGACACUACUUUUAUCUGACAGAUCAGAAUGACUAUCAUUACAGAUGCAGUGUCCUGUUAGUUGCAACUGGAAUGUGGGUGCCCAACACGCCUGAUUUUCCAGGUUCCGAACAUGUCGAGGGCUAUGAGAGUGUCUCUGUGGAUCCUGCUGACUUUGUUGGGCAGACAGUCCUCAUUUUGGGCCGGGGCAAUGCAGCGUUUGAGACGGCGGACAACAUUGUUGGAGUGACUAACUUUAUCCACAUGCUGAGCCGGUCCCGGCUACGGCUUGCCUGGGCCACUCACUAUGUUGGAGACGUCCGGUAA